CAAUGAGGCGCGGCCAUCUGUGCAAGGCUCGGCGCUGUUAAAAUACUCAGGUUACCUUCAGGCUUUAAUAGCUGAUUUCACCUCAAAUCUGUCCUCUUUACUCGUCGGUGCUAGACAGAAACUAGCAACAUGAAGCUUCCAGUGACGAUUCUUGUCGUUUUUGCAUCGAUAGCUGUUACUAUCGACGCUACUAUCUACUUCAAGGAGCAGUUUUUGGAUGGAGAUGGAUGGAAGAGCCGGUGGGUCCAGUCUAAGCAUAAAUCAGACUACGGCCAGUGGAAACUGAGUGCUGGAAAGUUCUAUGGGGAUGCUGAAGCAGAUAAAGGUGUUCAGACCAGCCAGGAUGCCCACUUUUACGCCCUGUCAGCCCAUUUUGAGCCCUUCAGCAACGAGGGAAAGCCCCUAGUCAUCCAGUUCACUGUUAAACACGAGCAGAAGAUUGACUGUGGAGGUGGCUACGUCAAGAUCUUCCCUUCUGACCUUGACCAGAGCAACAUGCAUGGAGAGUCACAGUAUUACAUCAUGUUUGGGCCUGAUAUCUGUGGAUACAGCACGAAGAAGGUUCAUGUAAUAUUAAAUUAUAAGGGCCAGAACCACCUCAUCAAGAAAGACAUCAAAUGCAAGGAUGAUGAGCUGACCCACCUGUACACACUGAUCUUGAAUCCAGACCAGACAUAUGAGGUGAGGAUCAACAAUGAAAAGGUGGAGUCUGGCUCCCUGGAGGAUGACUGGGACAUGCUGCCCCCAAAGAAGAUCAAGGAUCCUGAGGCCAAGAAACCCAGUGACUGGGAUGACAGGGCCAAGAUCGAUGACCCCAGUGACACCAAACCUGAGGACUGGGACGAGCCAGAGACCAUCCCUGACCCUGAUGCCAAGAAGCCCAGUGACUGGGAUGAGGACAUGGAUGGAGAGUGGGAACCUCCUAUGAUCACCAACCCAGAGUAUAAGGGAGAAUGGAGACCCAAGCAGAUUGACAACCCAGACUACAAAGGACCCUGGGUCCACCCUGAGAUCGACAACCCAGAAUACACUCAUGAUGCCACGAUGUAUAAGUUUGAUAACAUUGGAGUUCUGGGCCUGGAUCUGUGGCAGGUUAAAUCUGGCACCAUCUUUGACAACUUUCUAAUCACUGAUGAUGUCAGAGAAGCAGAGGAGUUUGGUAAAGAAACCUGGGGAGCUACUAAGGGACCAGAGAAGAAGAUGAAGGAGGAGCAGGAGGACAUGGAAAGGAAACUGAGGGAGGAGGAGGAGAAGAGCAAGAAGAAGGAUGGUGAAGGCGAUGAGGAGGAGGACGACGAAGAAGAAGAAGAUGAUGAGGAGGAGGAGGAGGAGGUGGCAGAAGAAGAGGGCGAGCAUGAUGAGGAGGCGGAGGAGGACGCAGGGACAGAAGAGGAGGACAGCAGUGUCAAUCACAAGGAUGAGUUGUAGAGUGGAGGAGCCCGUUGGUGGACUGUUGUGUCCUUCUCUGCAGGUUCAAGCUAACAGAAGAAAAUUAGUGAAAGCCCUAUGAAAUCUGGCCUUACAUACAGCAGCCUUUUAUUCAGGUGUAGGGGCGGAGGAGGGGUAGAAGAUGGGGUCAGAUCAGAUUUAUUUUUUUAUCAGUUCCCUUGUCUUCUUUAAAAGUCCUCAAAUUAGAGAGGGGAGAAGGGUUUACAUGUUUUCCUUCUGUUCUGUGCCUGCUUUGGUUGUGAAUUUUCUAAGUUAAUGUAAUUUACUGAAUGUGGUCAAUCCCUUGAUGUGUGUGUCCUGCAUACUCACAGAGAAAGUUGCCCUUUAUUAUUGCCUUGGGUGGGAUGUCCUGGAUAUUGAGGGUUUGUGAUGUCUGCUUCAUGCACUUUUAUUUCUCCUGUGUGAUAUAGUACUUUUUUUUUUUUUUUUUUUUAAUCGACCCCCUUUGUAAUUUAUUCAGUCAUUACAUUCGUUCCCUCAAAACACAAAGCUUUCCACACAGUUCUUUGUGUGUUUGUGUGUGUUUGACUGAGAAUGCAUUAGAGACAACUGUGAUUUUUACAAUCCUCAUUUGGUUUGAAUGAGUGACUGUCCCAUGGGUGCACACUGAUUUUGAGUUUCAAUUAAUAAAUUGAAGCUUCUCUCAACAAUCUGACCCCUGAUUUUGAUGGUAUUGGUCGAUGUGUGAAUGUUGUCAGUGUUAUUUCAGUGUGGUGUGAAGAAGAUAUUUAUGAGUGAUAGAAUAGUGGCUGAAACAAACAAAACAACAGCCACAUUAUUAUUAUUAUUAUUACUGGAACAAGCUGUUUUUACAUUGUCAGUAUCUGUACCAGAAUAAUACCAUAGGUACAGAUGGCAAAAACUACUUUAUCAAGAGUGUCUCAGGCACCAGAUGUGAACAUCUUGAUCUUUUCCUCAGCCACCAAUUGUGUUUUUUCUAUAAAUAUGCCAAACUGCACAGUGCAUCAGUGUUUAAAGGAACCUUUUAAACAGAGAUUUCCCACUGAGAUCAGGAAAUGUCUGAUCAAAAAAUCUAGCAAAUGUUCUAAUACUUGACACAUAGAUACACAUUUUGGUCAGUAUUGACAAAGUGUUGAGGUUACAUUUUCACAUAUUUUCUAAAUUUAUUGCACAAGAUAAAGUCUGUGGAGUGUGACCAAAGUUAAAGUUCAAGUCUGUUUGUAUUUCCUGAUUGUUCAAGUUGUCAGCAUCAUAAUGAAGAGUACCUCUAUGUGGUGUUGCUAUGAAGAUGAUGAGACAAGUAUAUUUUGAUUAGAAAUGGAGCCUUUUCAGUGAAUUUAUUCACUGAAAACAUUAUUCAAUUUAUUCAAAGACUUCCCUGUUUACCAGACAGGAAGCUCCAAUAAAAAGAUGUUAUUGGUUGCAUUAUGGCAAAGGUAGAACCAAGUGUUUCUAUAAUUUGAUCCAGACAGUGGACUAAAAUCUGCAUAUGUCAGCCUCUGCUGCUUCAAUGAUGACAAUAAUUUUUAUAGAUCUUUUGUGAACCAACUUUAUUAAAGUACAGUACUUCACGGA